AUGCACGGCAUUAUCAAACCGCUGGUUGUGUCGAGCUUGCUCGCAGCUCCAGUUCUCGCUGGAGAUGUUCCUGCCAAUAUCAGGUCUCUGUAUAACUCUAUCAGAUCAAAAGGCUCUUGCUCCAACAUUCUCAAGGGAGGCUUCUACAGUCAGGAAAAAGACUCCAAAGAUUUCUGCUACUGUGGUGACCGACUUACCUCUGAUGGAAUUAUCUAUCUCCAGGGAACAAAGGGAAACCUUGUCAACAUGGAUAUUGACUGCGACGGUGCCCUUGGAGAAGGGGACGGCAGUUGCGACAGCUCCACUGAUACCCAGGGUCAGACAACCUUUGGCGAUACUGUUGCAAGCUACAACAAGGGCGUUGAUGAUCUGAAUGCCUACAUUCACUCGUUUGUGGUUCUGGGCAACGAGGGCAAGAAGAAGGGUUAUGUCGAGUUUGACCCUCAGUCCGUUGGUGUUGAACCGCUUUCUAUUGUGGCUGUUGUGUGCGGUGACAAGAUGUUUUACGGUGUCUGGGGCGAUACCAAUGGCGAUGAUGGCCCACCUCUUAUCGGUGAGGUUUCUCAAUCACUCGGCCAUGCUUGCUACGGCAAUGCCGUUAAUGGCAACGAGGCUCACGACGAGAACGAUGUGCUUUACAUUGCUUUCACUGGCCAGGGCGCUGUUCCAGGAGCAAACGGAGCCAAAUGGAAUGCCAAGAGCUUCUCCGAGUUUGAAUCAUCUCUACACGCCCAGGGUGACCGCCUUGUUGCAAAGAUUGGCGGCGGCGGUUCCACGCCCACAAAGACAACAUCAACCAAGACAUCAUCAACCGCAACCGCCACAUCGACCCCUGGCGGUGGCAACACUGGUCCUCUGAAUCCGAACUGCGCUCCUGGUGGCAACUUUGACUUGGGCUACUUCAACCUUCAGCUUCCCGUCGGCGGCCCAGAUAUCAUCAAGAGCAAGCAGCUUCAAGGCUGCAACGGCUAUACAGGAGCCACCUUCUUUACCGACAAGUCUACCGGCGAGAUGGUCCUGACAGCCCCAGGAAACCCAGAUUUGACCGGAUGCGCAACCACUUCCGGCAGCUCGCACUGCCGAACGGAACUUCGAGAGGUCGUCAAGAGCAGCGGUGCCAACGCCGCCUGGUCCCCCAAGGGCACCAACACCUUGACCGUGACUAUGAAGGUGGUCAAGUCAGACGAUGGAACACACGGAACUGCCAUUGGACAAGUCUUCGCCAGCGAAGCCAGCAAGCCCUUGGCAGAAAUGUACUACAGUCCCUCUGGUGAUAUCGUUGUUGGUGUCAAGCCCGAUGCCGACAGCAACCAGGUCGUCACGAAGCUGGGCAAUGUACCCAUCGGCACCAAGUUCACCUACGUCCUGAACUACUCCAACAACAAGUUGAGCAUUUCCAUCAACGGAAAGUCAACCUCGUUGAGCACCUUUAGCUGGGACUCGCCUGCGUGCUACUUCAAGGCUGGUAACUAUAACCAGGGCGAGUCCGCCGCCAGCUCUGAGGUGCGAAUUUCGGCCCUCAACGUUGUCCACUCCUAG